UCUGCAAAAAUUAUAUAACGGCGUGGACAUUACCAUAGUAAUUAAUUGUGGAAGUGCCGGCGAAAAUGAAGGAGUACAAGCGAACCUGCUGUGCGAAAAGAAGCAUCCUGGAGAAGAUCCUGAUUGUUGUUAUCGUGUUGUUGUUAUGUUUGUUGAUUGCCCUGUUCUCGGUUUUCGUGUUUUACCUGCAGAACGGUAAGAGUGAUAAAUCGCCGUUUCGAUAUAAAGCAGUGCCGAGUGCGUUGGAAUACAACCAUGCCAGUUUCAUCACUCCCAGUCCCGUCACCGGGAACAAUGGGACGGCGAUUUGCAUGACCCAUCAUUGCAUUCAGGCGGCCUCCCAAAUUAUCGAUUUCCUUGACACAACUAUCGACCCCUGUGAUGAUUUUUACAGCUUUGUUUGCGGGAAUUUUUUGCGUAAAUCCGCGGCAACAAACGAAAUUACCCCUCUGAGUAAGUUUGAAGGGAUCACUUUAAACCAGCUGGAUGCCUUGAUUACCGAACCCAUUGAGGGCACGUUACCUAAAUCCUGGGAAUUGCAGAGAAAGUAUUACAAGAUGUGUAUGGACGUUAACGCAAUCGAAAAGGAUGAUACAACGACUUUCUCUAAUUUAAUUCAACAAUUGGGGGAUUGGCCAGUGUUGCACGGACGCUUCUGGGACGAAAGAAAAUUCAACUGGUUAACGUCAAUGAUACAGUGUAGAAAAAUCGGUUUUGCUUAUGAACAUUUCAUGGGAAUAUCUGCUAAUGCGGCCAACGACACAAGAAUACUUUUGACGAUAACCCCUCCGGCCGUCAUUCAUUUGCCUUAUCAGCUGAGGGAGCUUUACAUUGAUAUAAUGGCGAACAUUUCAAUCGAUAUGGGUGCCCCUUCGUACUUGGCCAAAAACGAGUUCAUCCGAGUGUACAAAUUUGAAGAAGAAUUAAAAGCGUUGGUACAAGAUGAAAACGAAAACGGUCGGGAAACCAUCGUAACCGUAUCAAAACUACAAAGCGACUUUCCCACAAUUCCCUGGAAAUAUUUCCUCAAUGAACUGACCCAGACGGCAAUUCGUUUUGACGAUGACACAUUGGUGCGCUUGAGGGCGUCACGAUAUUUAUUAAACUUACUAAACUUGAUAGAAAGGACACCAAAAUCAACGCAGGCCAAUUAUGUCGUUUGGAAAAUUAUAGAAAAUUUCCGCAGUUAUUUAAAAGAAAGUAUACGUGGUCGUUAUGAAUCGUUCUUGAUUACCCUUAAUCCUGAUUAUGCAUUUAUGAGCAACCGACACGUGUUUUGCUUAAAUAAAGCGAAAUUCUACUUCCCUUCAGUUGCCGAAUUGGCAUACGUAAGAAGGUAUCUCCAACCAGAAAAAAGAAAAAACGUCAAAGGAAUGACGGCCACCAUUAAGGCUCAAAUGAUUAAUAAAAUCCGAAAGACUGACUGGUUAGAUCGGAUUUCUAAAAACGUCUCAAUUAAUAAAGUUUCUGCAGUGGAUGAACAUAUAGGAUCUUCGGACGAAGCGUACGGUGACGAUUUUGAUAAAGUCGUCGACAUGGACGAGUUUGAUUUGUACACUGACAACAUAAUGGAAAUGGCGACUAAGCUCUACGCCAAACGCGCUGACAACUACUUCAAAAUCGUCAACCAAGAUCCAGAAAUCGUGACAAAGGAAGCACUGACGAAAUCACCGGUGUUGAGCAUUAACGCUUUUUAUAAUAAGGAUUUCAACACUUUAGUUGUACCUGCUCCGUUUCUUCAAGGUGUGAUCUACAAUUUCCACCGUCCGCAGUACAUGAAUUAUGGUGCACUGGGUAGUGUAAUUGGACAUGAAUUCACACAUGCUUUUGUUGCUCAUAAAAAUAAAUCUGAAAGCGGAGAAAUACAUUGGUCUCCAGAUGCCAUUCGACAUUACGAAGAGAAAAUUCAGUGCCUGUUGGAGGAUUAUCAGCAGUAUAGUGGUCACCUGAAGGAAUUCACGAAAGACGCCAAAUCCGCCUUGGAAGAAAACAUCGCCGACCUCGUGGGCCCCAACCUGGCUUACAGCGCCUACCAAGAACGAGUGCGUGUCCGCGGCCAAGAACCAACCCUUCCCAGCUUGCCCUACACCCAGAACCAGAUAUUUUGGAUAAUGUCGGGAGCGUUCCGCUGCUACCAGCCCAAGCUGCAACCCAAGCUCCGCUUCGACCAAGAGCACGCAGUGCCUUCUUUCGCUGUCAUUUCCAGCAUGAGAAAUUCCCCUUCCUUCGCUGCGGACUUCGACUGUCCCGCCGGAUCCAACAUGAACCCAGAGAAAAAGUGUCAGAUCUUGUGAUUUUUAGCUCGAUGAUGGGCUUGCACGCGAACAUAUUGUUCUUGUGUUCACACAUGGGUUCUCAUUAUUCAGCGGACAACGGUAUCAACACAUUAAUUAUAAUGGUAUUAAAAAACGAGAACCCAUCGCACACGUACAAAGAUCGUUUAGAUUAAUCAUCUUUUGACAUGUAGUUGUAACAUGCUCUGUCUUAUCAUUAUUCGAUUUUAAUAUACGGUUUCUUUUUUUAGAA